CAGCCUCUUGCUUCCAUAUUGCGGCAGCCUUCUGUACGUACUCGUCGYACUUGCAAGGAUCCAUUGACCAGCAAUUUUGAUUGAUUGAUUGAUUGAUUGAUCGAUCGACCGAUUCAUUCCAUCCAUUUCCUCUCGACAGGAAAACCAGCACCAGAACUAGCACCAGAACCAAUCCAUCCAUCCACCCACACACCAUGAAUUCCGCACUCGAUCGGUGGGGAGCUUCCCCGUCUCCCUUACACGAGAACGACAAGGAGAACCUCCGCAAGGCAUCCAGAGGGAAUGAUUCCAAGAAGAAAAAGAAAGAAAAGAAGGCCCGGCAACCCAUGCAACCCCAGCAGCAGGCGCAGGGUACGCAGAACCUCAAACCGCUGCGAGCGAAUGCUCCCGCCGGAAUCGGCAAGAAGACCUCCGGGAGCACCAGCAGCGGUGCCAGCCACGACGGAAGCAGCAGCAUGGGGAGCCGGAGGCAGAGCGGCCCCGCGGCCAGGGCUCUCGGCGGUGCGGGGCUGAGCUCCGAGACAGAGGCCUCCCCCCCGGUCGACAGCGUCUUCCGCGAUCCCGCGGCCGAGCUGGAGAUGAACGAGGUCUCUACGAUGGCCGGGGACACCUACGCCGGGGUGGAAAUGGACGCCCGGGUGGCGGAGGCCGUCCCGCCCUUUGGCGUUUCCGGAGCGGCGGCGAGCGGGCCCCCCGAGAUGUUUGUCACCCCCACCAACCGGGACGACACCGACGAAUACGGAUACGAGGACCUGUACGGAUACAGCGAGGAUCGGGGCAAGAAACCGGAACACUUUCGCUUCGACGAGCGCAUCGAGACCAUCAGCCCGGUAUCCACCCAGCCGGAGACACCYGAGAAGGACGGCGACAUCGAAGGCGGCAACGAAGAGUGCGUUCCGCCCCUCUGCGAGGACAAGGAAUUCUCCCCCAAGAAGCAAAGGCGGUGGCGGUGCAUCAUUUGCGCCGGGUGCUGGCUGGCCUUUUUCUUGGUGGUGGGCAUUUCCAUGCUCGGGUACACCCUCUACGCGGUCCGCAACGAGGACAAGGGUGCCCUGUCCCUCUUCAGCAAGGAAUUCUGGGUCCGUGCCGGCGACGAAAUCCAGGACGCCCUCUUUUUCUGGCAGGACGACGAGGACGAGAACGAGAAGACAAUGGCCCCAACGCAGGACUUUUGGUUCGACGCAACGGAGACCUCCACCUCCUUCCCGGGCACCGAGUGGCCCACGAUGCCCCCCUCGACGGUCAGGGACGCGAUCGAAGCGGUCGUCCUCUCGGCAGCGGUCGACAGGGGGAUCGCCAGCAUCGUCGGGGCCGCCAUGAGCGAUCCUUMCUCGGUCCACUACUCCGUCGUGGACUGGCUCGCAAACGAUCCCAACCUCGAGUCCUACCCCGACGAGAAAAUCGUCCAGCGGUACGCCCUGGCGUGCUUCUACGAGCGCCUGGUCGGGGACAACGGCAACGACGCCGAAAGUCCCGUCGCCCCGGCGGUGCGGGACACCUGGGGGACCUACGGAGACGAGUGCACCACCUGGGCCAGCACCGAGCGGGCCAACAGCAACAACAACAACAACAGCGGUUCCACCAAGCAAACGUGCGACAGCGACGGGCUCGUGCGAUCGAUUCACCUGGAAAGCGUCGGCCUCGACGGCACGCUGUCCCCGGAACUGGCCCUGCUCUCCGAGUCUCUUGGUACGUACCGGCAUUAAAAUCGAACCGAUGCGAGGUGACGUGACGCGACGCUACGCUGUGCGGCACCGCAAUGCGCAGAAAUCGAAUACUCGCUGUGUUUUAGGGUGUUCCAUUUCCUCCCUGCCGGCUCACUCUUCYGUUUCUUUUGGCUCGUUGUCACAGAAUCCAUCUACCUCACCAAAAACAGCAUCCACGGGACCAUUCCUUCCGCCUGGGGCAAGCUGACCAACCUCAAACGCCUGCAGCUGUCGAAGAACAACAUCGAAGGAAGCCUCAACGGCCCCGAACUGAUCGGGAAUCUCGACCGGCUYGAAAUCAUCGGCCUCGGAAACAAUCGGCUGACCGGGACGCUCCCGGAAGAGCUCGGAUCCCUGCCCAGCCUCUUCUACCUCAACCUUCCCAGCAACGGCUUUACCGGAAGCAUCCCGUCCUUUGCCAACGCCUCGGGGGUCCUCGGCCACGUGUCUUUCAGAUCCAACGCCCUGACCGGAAGCGUUCCGGAGGAGCUGGCGCUCCUCGAAUCCCUCGACGCGCUCUUCCUGGAAGACAACGACCUGGAGGGGCUGGUUCCCGAAUCGGUCUGCGCCGGGGACGCCACCCACAACGGCAUGAACAUGGUGGUCGAUUGCGRCUCCGUGGGUUGUUCCUGUUGCAAGGGAUGCGCCGUCUUUUACGCCAACAACAACGUCUCCAUGGACAGCUUCCGGGAGGCAGAAAGACCCUCUGCACCCGCAUCCAACGCAACCACCGUCCGGGAAGACCCCAUCGAUCUUGCGUUGAACUCCACCGCAGCCCCCGUCGAUGYCGCCACGGUUGCGGACGGCGCAACGGCCGAAGAAGCGUCCGACGCAGCAUCCAAUGCAACAGUUGAUGCAAUGGUCGACGCAACAGUCGACGCAACAUCUGAUGCAGCAGCCGACGAUACAGUCGACGUAACAGUCGACGUAACAUCUGAGGCAGCAGCCGACGAAGCAUCCGAUGCAACAGCCGAUGCAACAGCCAACCCAGUAUCCGAUGUAACAGUCGACGAAACAUCUGAGGUAACAACCGACGCAGCAGCCGACGCAACAGCAGAAGAAUCGAUGGUAGCAGAGGUCCCAACCGACGAGGCCGACAAAGCCACUAAUUCCUCCGCUCCCGAAACCGGCAACUGCGAGUCCAUCGAGGUAGGAUUCCCCUGCUACAAUCCCGGAUGGUCCAUCGAUUUUGAGCUUUCCCACGGMGGCUGUGGCAUUCUACCCACCGAGGAAUACGACUUUGUGGCGGUGUACCUAUCUGGCCGUGAAGACACCGCCAUUGGCACCAAGAGCGAUCUCGGCGACGCCCUGUUCUGGGCCAGCUCGUGCGGUCUCCCGGCCUGCGACGGGGUCAUUGCCAACGGCCAGAUGUACUACCGCAACACCUAUCCCAGCACAACGGCACCCCUCGACGGCAAUCCCUGGUGGCCAAUCUCCGCCGGGAGCAUGAUGCGCCUGAGGUGGCUCCGUUCGGACGAAACCGCGACCGGUGGAAACACUACGGGCAUUGUCGUCGCAGAGAGCUUGCCCUUUGUCGUUGCCGAUGGCUGUCAGUAACCAAAAAAGCAGGUGCGGUGUCUUCCGCCCUAUCAGUUGUAUGAAUAGAAGGAAACAAGAAACGAACCGAACAGAACCAAAAUCAAUGUAACAAUUCACU